AUGGAGAUGGAUGAGGAGAGCCGCGAGCUCAACCAAGAGCCUGCACAGCGCAUCUUCCGAGUGCUGGCCGCCAUCAAGAAGUAUGCGGCGGAUCUGGUGAGGCUUUUAGACGACUUGGACGCUGGAGCCUUUGUGGGACAGUCGCUGGAAGGUGCGCCGCUUCAGACGAAAUGGCGCCCAAACUCCCAUGCGGCAGUGGCGUUGCUGGGGACGAUGCUGCUGAUCCUUGAAGAAGGUCUGCCGGGCGAGAUGCGGGAGAGGGCCCUGGUGCUCUUCUAUCGCUGCACCGUGGGCACUUGUGAAGAGCCGGAGGACUUCGCCGAAGUGUGCCGGCUCUUCAAGUCCACCGGCCGCCACGAGGACUUGGCCAAUCGGAAACCUGGCUAUCCGGAGAACUACUUCGCACGUUUCGUCUUGCCGAAGGAGGCGCUGCGCCUGGUCAUCGGCAAGCUGCAGACCGGCGACCUCUACGAGGCGAGUCGCCACUACCCGCUCCCCGAGCAUCGCUCCCAUGGCCUGUCCUCGCAAGCGGGGCUCCUGUACGUGUGUCUCUUCUUCGAGCCCAAGACCUUGGAGUCGGAUUUCAUGGCGAUGCGUGAGAUCGUGGAUCGCUAUUUUGGCGAUAGUUGGGUGGUCGCUUAUGCCCUAGGCUUCACGGCAGACUUGCUGCAGAUGUGGGCACCGUAUCCGGCGGCGAAGCAGGCAUUGGGGCACGCGGUCACGACAAGCAAUGUGCGACAGCUCCAAGAAAGGCACAUGGAGCGCUUAGCGGAUGCACAAGCAAAGCUCAAAGACUGUCUGAUGGAAGGAGUCCUCACUGAGGACUACGUCAGCAGCAAGACGUCACAGUUGCUGAGCCUCUUUCGAGAGGCCAAUACCAGCAUCCGAUGGCUCCUCCUCCAGCCUACCACGAAAGAUCCCAAGCUGGAGAGUGUUUGCCGCAGCAGUGCGCGCAUGCGAGAGGAGGUGUUGGGAGCCUUGGUGGACACCGCCUUGCUUGAAGAGAAGGUCAAGGGCAUUUUGAUCCCUUUGGUCUCCAACCGCGAGGCGGACUGGGCGCGUUUGAAGGAGGAGGCGGCACUUUCGAUGGAUGACUUGGCCUUAUUCUUCUCCGGGGAGCACGCCUUGAAACGGAAGGUGCGGAACGAGGAGUUGGAGGAGUUCUUUCGAUCGUUGCAGCAGCGGAUCGAAGAGCUGAGCCUAAGUCAGGAGGAUUUCUCGUCUUUGGGGCGGAAGGUGGCCCAGGUGGACAAGGCCCUCAAUGAGGUGGCCCUUUUCCAUGAAGUCUCGCAGCAGCCGCAGAUCUUGCACUUCCUCAGUGAUGCACGGCAACUGCUGCAACGCAUGCUGCGCACUGCCAACUUGAAUGAGGAGACGGUGUUCCGGUAUUCCAAUCAAAUUGAGGUGAAGCCUGUCACAUGGGCCAUCUCUGCUCAAAGUACUCAGCUGAAGACGCUCCGGAUCCUCCAUGAAGACGUCCAGAGACCUCAACUGGUGCUCCGGAAUGGCACUCCGGAGAUGCUGAGCACCAUUGAGACGGUGGCCGACCUGUCCUAUGCCUGGCACGCCUUGGCCGGUUAUAAAGAGGCGAUGGGGAACUUGUUUUCCAGCUCGCCCGAUAGCAUCAAGGGCUUGCGUGCGCUCUUCCUCAAGCUCGCGUCCAUCCUGGAGGUGCCGCUGCGGCGGAUCAGGCAGUCGGGCAACGAGUCGCAUGCGGCGCUGGUCUCCGAGUACUACUCGGCGGGGCUGGUGCGCUUCAUGCGCUCCGUCCUGCAGGAGGGUGAUGGCACUGAUAUUUCUCUUGAGAAAACGCUGACGACUGGGAAGACCUUGGAGAAUACCUUGAACGACAUCCCACGGCUUAUCUUCCAGCUCCUGGCGCAACUGGCGCGGCUCAGCAAGUCCUCCACACCCAACUGGCCCAGUUCCCGCGUCGCCUUCGCGGAGCUGCAAAAUUACGCCCAGAGGAGCGAGGGGGCCAACCUGGAGGUGGGUCAGCUCACACGUCGCAUUGCUUUGCUCAUGCGCGGCAUCCGCGAGACGGACGUGGCCUAUUUGGGUGCCAUUCUGGUCGAGCCGAAGGAAGUUCUAGGGGAUGGGCUCAGACGUGAGCUGGCACAGCAGAUCGAAACGAUGUUGGCCAAGACCAGUUUCGAGCCCCUGGAGGCCUCGUUGAAGGACUUGGCUGAGCAAAGUCUUCGGCUUCGGAGCUCCUUCGAGCACGUCCAAGACUAUCUCGGGGUCAGUGCACAAGAACUUUGGCGGAGCCAAUUCAGUCGGGUGGUCCGUUUUCUGCUCCACAUGGAGCAGCAGCAACUCCUGGGCCGCCGCAAAGGUGCCAAGGCGUCCCCGGACCACGACCCCACGCAGCCCAUCAGGUUUCCGGACGCCUUGGGCGGCUCCUUCCUGUCGCGCGGCGUGACGAAGCUCCUGGACGCCACCGAGCCGAGCAAGUGCUCGGGCGGAUUUCGACAGGCGCCCAGGGAUUGGUCCUCCAACUUGGACAGCCUGGUCUUGCAUCGUUUGAUGGCUCCUCGGUGUGGAGAAGGGCACCGGCCCGGUGGAGUAUCGCCCACUCGCAUCGGCCUUUCAUGUGGGGGGGGACUGGGUGGAAGACCUGGAUGGGUCCGGGGGUGUUCCUGA